AAUCAUGUAAGUGGCUUUAAGCAGUCGAUUCUCGUGGUAUUCUCGGGUCGCUCGUUCAAAGGAAGUCCUGAGGUGUGGCUAUUCGAGGUCAAGUCUCUUUUGUAGAACUAUAUAAUAGUACUGUUUUGUUUUAGGGGCUUCAAAUAAAAAUGAUUUUUUAGACAAGAUAAUUUAAAUUAGCCUCCACUGACUAAGUGGGAAGGUUCGAUUGUAUCUUCUAAAAAACCGGAGGUAAAAAUUGCCUUUUAAAUGUUACCUUUUAACAAUCGUAGAUAUUCAUAUAAAUACUAUGAACUUUAAUGAGCAGUACGUUUUUGUAACUAAUGCUGUUAAAGGUUGGUUGACUUUUUUUCGAAGUUUGGACCAGUAUAGAUUAGUGUGAGCCGUAGUUAAAUGAAAUCUAUCCCACUCUGACUGUUUCAGUUAAACGUAGACAGAUGACUGAACCAUUCGCACAACGAUAAGGCCAACCAAUAAAUGAACGAUCUUACUAAAAGUUGCCAAUGAAUAGUAUACCAAAAACAAGUCGUUUCCCGCCUUUUUCUUAAAUCUUAUAUCAGCGUUCCUGAAAUCUCCCACCUUCCUCCCAACGCACUGGUAUCCAAUAAUGAAUAAAUAUAGUAAAUUUAAUACGAAGUUCGUGGCUUCAAGGAGAUAAUUAUAGCUAGGGGGAAAGUUCCGGUUUGGAUUCGUGGUUUGUUUGUUGUUUUUUUUUAAUCUAACAAAGCGCCUUAUUGUAAUACAUGUCAUUAGGUAUUUUGGAACCAUGACCUCUAUCAACCUAGCCCGUAAAUUUAAUCAAACGGAAUUAUUCGUAUCCACUUAAUUUUACAUUACCAAAUUAAACUAUGGUAUUUCUGGUGGUAUUUUAAGUAAAACGCAAAUAAUACGAGAUUAUGAUUAGGUACGAGGAAGAUUCGAGAAAGCGAAGAGUUUGCCCUAAAUAUGAACAAAAUGCAACGCGCUACGAUCAGUAUUCGCAAAAUGCAGAAAUACAAAAGGGACUUUAAGCACCACAUGUUUUACACAGGCUUUAGAGUCAGAACCAUAGUAUGUAGUCAUAAAUGGCUACAAUCUUAUAUCUCAUCAUAUAAUAUGUAAUCCCAUCUCCCCAGAUCGAAGAUGAAGCCGCGCGAAGGCCAGAACACUUCUUUUUCCGGUUGCAUCCGUUGAUUUGGAGGGUGGGGGGUAGAGGGUGUUUUAAUUUUCCGUCUAUUUUGUCCAAGAUUGUAGCACCAUAAACAAAACUCUUCUCGGUAGGAUUUCAUCCACCCACAGAUUUAUAAUGUUCUCAAUACCGUGCACAUGUUGUAGCAAGAUGAACAGUACUACACGACCAUGUACUGCACAGUAACGUACUUGCCUUGGUCGAACGUACCCUUUAGAAGAGACUAGACAGAACCACCAACAACACUAAGGCUACGGUUUCUCUCGCAUCUCACACAUCUUAGACGCUUGCUUAGACUGACGGAAUAUUGAGAGCAGAAGACGAUAACUUUUCUCUCCUAUUCGCCCUUACCGCCAUUUAAUAUGCCUGCCAUGAUUGUAGACAGGGCCGACAGAGAUUUACAAAGUAGUAGCCAUUGCUACAAUCCCACUUUACCCUACGCUUGGAAAGCAUAAUAAACAUCACCAAGGAAAAGCACUUCUAAGGAUAUUUCACACCCAAUUUAGCUUUGCUGAGAAACAUCCCGGUUGUAUUCAGUCCCUUUCCCAUAUCUAACUACCUAAGUAUAGAAAAGUGUAAGAAAUGACCCAGUGGUUUUUAAUACCGGCUCUACGGUUUCAACAAUUUUAACUACACUGUACAGUAUCAUUGACAGUUCACUAAAAAAAAAAUGCCGCAGUGCAAAAAAGCCGGCUUUCCUUGGAAGGUCAUAACGUCGAUAACGUCGCCUUCUAUGACAUAACAUAAUCCUUUUCACUGCGCGGGUUGAUAGUGCUAUUAAGAUUAUGUGAAAUUAUUGAUCUACGAACCACAGAGUCAAUCCGCACCCAUUUUCAAGUUCUUCACAAUUAACGCAUCAAGAACAUAUUGUCUGGUCUUGACUUUCUGUCAUCACUCCGUAAUCACUCGAGGUUAGACCAUCUUAAAAGGCGUUUACCCUGCAGGCAUGAAUGAAAAAUAUAGGAUCAGAAGGCUAUUGAUAGUAUGCGUUAGAUUGGUUUACCUUGUAUACGUGCAAUAAACUGGGAGUUUGCUGCAAGCCUUUUCCAUCAAGGCUUGAAAGGCCAAUAGUGAACUACAUUUAUCAAGCUAUUUGCCACUAUCCUUCAACAAAGUCAUUGAUUUUAUAGCAAGAGAGAAUAGAUCAUUCUCUAUUGUUUUAGAGUUAAUCCUUCUUUGAGAAAACUGUCAAUUAAAAUCAGCCAAAGAAUAAGAAAUACUAACGAAAAAUGAUUCCAGGCUCCUAGCCUGAAAACCGGAGUAUUUCACAGUGCGAACGAUGUUCUGGCGCUAUCUUGGACGUUGAAACUGACCGAGAGUUGGGGGGAGUCAAUAAAUGAUUCCAAGGGAGAGGUUGACGGGUCAAAAUCUAAUAUCACCGAGACAGAAAGUUGCACUUCUGCAUUUCACUUUUAAAAGUCUUUAAACUGAGGAAUAUGAAAGUAAGGACAGUAAACUUCAGGAGGACGAAAACCCCACCUGCUAAUCUUAAAGCUAAACUGUUCAACGUUCUCAAAGACCAGAGAAAAAGGUGACGUGAUGCCCAGAGGGGACUUUGGAACCAUAUUCCUCGCCCGAGAAAAAGGAAAUCCAGGACAGUCUUGGAUUCUGGAUUCCACGCCUUGAAUUCGAGGUAUUGGAUUCCAAAUCUUUGUCAGAGGAACUUGGAUUCUUGAUUUCAUUCGUUAGUGGGAUUCCGGAUUCCAAAUUUCCCCGAUUCCGAAAUCCGAAUUACAUGGGGCGAAUAUCCCAGUAUACAAAAGAACAUACAGCUAUUUCGAGAAAGGUUGUCGGGAAAAGUGCACGCGACAAUCCUGAAAGGCAUUGUGGGUGGUUUUGAGUUCUCUGUUUUUCAAAGAGAUUUGAAACAAUUGGCACGGAAGGCCAUGGAAAUGUGUUUGCGAGUGUUAAAGGAAAGCAACAAAAGUAUGUUCGACAGCUACAGUCGUCAUCAGGAACAGUGUAUUGAUCAUAUCCCAUAUUAUCUUUCGGGAUUGUCGCGUGCACAUUUUUCCGACAACCUUUCUCGAAAUAGCUGUAUACACAUAUACACGGCCAUAUACACUUUCCUUUGGGAACCAUAGUUUCCGACAGAAGUUCGCGUCCUAGGUUUCUGGCUGAUGUCUUAAGCCUUCUUAGUGAGUUUUUUAGAACAUCGUGUAAACAACAGAGCCAGAACUCUCCUGUCAAGAUGAAAGACAUUUAAGUUACUCGUUGAGUUGGUUGCUUCCGGAGACGUUCCAGCUGCCUACCUCAGAAUCCCCCCAAUGUACCAUAUCAUCACAUCAUACCAUGUUACGGUGUGA